GGAACUAAAAUAAAAACUUAUAUAUUUGCAGGAAUCAAACUUGUGUCGUUGCUCUCACAAACUCACCACCACCCAACUCACCAGCAGCAGCACCUUCUGCCAUGUUUGUUUUUGCAUAUUCCAUUUGCAGUGAAAUUCCAAAAACACUACAAUUCUCAAAACCCACAAAUAUCAAAACUUUCUCUUCAAUUCAACCACCCCACUAUUUCUCUUCCACUUCCAUAAGAUUUUCCAUCAGAACUCGAGUUCCUUUCUCUGCAAGGAUAUUCUUAUGUCAUGCAAAAUCUGGCACGAAUGAGUCUUUAAACAUACAAGUGUUAUCUCCAACCCUAUUAGAAGACCCUCAUAUUGUUUAUCUUAUGGAACAUGGAAUGACUAUUGAUCAGGUUAGGACUAUCAUGCGACGAUUCCCGGCUUUCUCCCGCUAUAGUUUGGAGGGUAAAAUUAAGCCAUUGGUUGAGUUUUUUCUUGAAUUUGGAGUGCCGAAAGAACAAAUUCUUAUUAUCCUCACUAAAAGACCUCGAUUAUGUGCACUCAGUCUAUCUAAAAAUAUUAAGCCCACCGUGAAAUUCCUCGAAUCUUUGGGCGUCGACAAAAAACAAUGGGCGAAGGCGAUAUACCGCUUCCCUGCCUUGCUAACUUAUAGCAGGCAGAAAAUUAAUGAAAGUGUAGAUUUUCUCCAUGAAUUAGGCAUCUCAGACGAGAGCAUAGGUAGGAUUUUAACUCGUUUCCCUAAUAUCGUUGGUUGCAGUGUAGAGGACAAUCUCCGACCAACAGCAACGUACUUCCGUUCAUUAGGGGUUGAUGUUGGCGCUCUUCUGUUGAGGUGUCCGCAAAUUAUUGGCCUUAGCAUUGAGGCGAAUAUAAAGCCUGUAACCGAAUUUUUCUUGGAAAAGGGAUAUACCUUGGAAGAAAUUGGGACUAUGAUUUCGAGAUGUGCAAUGUUGUACGCUUACAGCUUGACUGAGACUAUGGUCCCAAAAUGGGAUUAUUUUAUGACUAUGGAUUACCCGAAAUCCGAGCUGGUUAAAUUCCCUUAUUAUUUUGGAUACAGUUUAGAACAAAGGAUUAAACCGAGAUAUGCACGCAUGAAAAGUUCUGGGAGGAGAUUAGCGUUGAAUCGGCUUCUUUCACCGUCAAGCAGCAACUUUGAAAAGGUCUUAAAAAUGAAAAAUAAAGGAAUUGCAGGUUGAUUAGGAUUUUUGUUUAUUGCAGCAAGGUUGUACAACCUGAUAAUGAAAAUUAAAACUUUCAGGCAAUGUUUCAGCAAGGAUUUUGUUUUUCGAUCAAUGGCAUUUCAAGUGAAAAGUUGCAGUUAUACACUAACAUAGGUCAAUGAUUGUGGCCGUCAAUCUAUAGAUUAUGGAUCUGCAGUUCAUGCCGAUGAACUUGCGUUUAAGCUGUUUUGGAGUGAGUUUGAUACAUGCCACCUUCAGCCAAUGUUUAUUUGUUUGCAGUGUUUUUGACACACUCUGGAGUUCUGGUUGCAAGUUACUGUUGUAUGUAUGUUAUUAUUGUGUCGAAUCCAUAUACUAAUUAGAAUCUUUCUUGUGUACUACUUGGUAAAAUAGGUGAUUAGAGGAUACAAUUGAUAACAUAGCACCAAAAUUUGGUACUAAGUUAUUGAAAUGAGGCCAUUCUGGCGAUGGAAAACAUCUGUUUCCGCAGCAUUUUC